AUGAAAUCUGAUAUUAUUCAGAAGCGCUCUCGACACGACGCUCAUGUGCAGUGCUCCUCCCUCACCGAGCCCCCAAGCGCAUCUAACACACCUGGCACUCCUUCCGUUAUGGAGGAGACAGUUUCAGAAUGGGUUCUGGUGCAACAAGCGCAGGUACUUCUUCGUCUUCGCGGCGCAGCAGCAUGGACUCGUCUGUCCACACAGUCGACACGGGCACUGUUGUGCCACACCCGCCACUAUACUACCUACCAACCCACCAUGAGACCCGCACCCACCAUGGGGGUGUGGGUAUACCUGCAGGUGAUGCUUGCGACACCCACGGGUACACCUGUGUCAUUCCCUAGGUACAACAUCGCUUACGGUCAACCAUCCACCACACCAGACUUCAAACGGAACACUUCCACUGACCUCAUCCAUCAACAAGCCGUCGAACGCUCAUGCUCACACCCACCCUCACAAACCCUAUGA